CUGAUGACAGUCACUCACUGAGCUACAGUAAUACACCAGUCCAGUCGUUGCUGAAACACUAUGUCAAUCAAAGUUAUGGGAGGGGCCUGUCUGUGUGACUGAGAUCUGCUCGAUUUGAGAAAGGGGAAACUAUUUUACGAGAUUUAAAAAAAAACACUGAUUGAAUCUUUAUCAUUAUAGCCACCCUAUGAUGAUAAAGAUUCACUCAGGUUUUUUUCACUGCACACACACAUUUCAGUUCAAACAUCUGAUGACCUCUUUAAAAUUACCAGUAAUUCAACACCUUCAUGCAUGUUUGUUCAUUUAUUAUGCUAUUGUAUAUUCUACCAAACAGCUGCUGGCUUAAAAUGGACAAAAACUUCAUCUGGAGUUUUCUUGGUCCUGUUUGCUUCAUACUAGCAUUAAACAUGAUUCUCUUCAUCAAGAUCAUCAUCACUCUGAACUCAGCUCUAAAAAAUCUCAACGCUGAAGUCUCACAGAUGAAACAAACCAAGAUCUUGGUGUUUAAAACACUGGCUCAGUUUGUGGUUCUCGGUUGCUCCUGGAUUCUUGGUUUCUUCACUAAUGACAGUAAGGUCCUGGAGAUCCUCUUCCUCAUCUUGAACUCGCAGCAGGGAACCUUCAUCUUCCUGAUCUACGGCGUUCUCAAUAAUGAGAUCAUGCAGCAGUACAGGAAGUUCUUAAGAUGUCUUUGCUGCAUCAGACAGCACUGAAGGCUACAGAAUCAUGUUCAGGAAGUAAAAGUUUUGCUAAAAUGCCGUUAUUAUACAAGUGAUGCCAUACUUACAGUAAAAUACAUAAUCAAUGUUUUGGAUGUUAACUGUAGUCUCUGCUCCUUUCUGUAAUGGGUAAACAAACAUUUUUACCAGUCUUUUGAUAUUACUACUUGAAAUACUAUGAAUGUAGAACGUAUACAUCCCAUUUUCUUGGUGGUUUGUGAAAAACAUAUUUGUACAGUCUUUACAGACUCAAAAUGUUAGGCUUAAGCUGAAAAAAACAAAAUUAUGAAUUUUAUGAGACUAACACUAAUUUUUGGUUUAUUGAGCUUUCUUCUGCAAGGACACUUUCUAUGUUACCUUUAAUAUUCAAAUGGCAAAAUGAAUGUUCAGGUCAGUCUCACAGGUUUUAUAGGUGUGUUGGAUUUACCUUAAAAAUAAACUAUUACAAUCACUAAAUGAACAGUUGAUUUGUCAAAUUCAAAGUGAAUCUGUACUGUCUUAUGGCUUGUAUUUAUGCAUUACACAUAAAUAA